AUGGAUGACGAUGACCGCAAGUUCAGCUACACGGAGAAGCAGCGCUAUGACGGCUGGUUCAACAACCUGGGUCACCCCAGCUGGGGGGCAGUAGAGAGCCGGCUGACGCGCAAGGCGCCGUCGGCCUACAGCGAUGGCGUCUACAUGCUGGCCGGGAUGCACCGGCCGUCGCCGCGCCGCCUCAGCCAGGUGUUCAUGCGCGGCGCGGACGGGCAGGCGUCGUCGCGCAACCGCACCGCGCUGCUGGCCUUCUUCGGCCAGGUGGUGAGCUCCGAGGUGGUGAUGGCCAGCGAGAGCGGCUGCCCCAUCGAGAUGCACCGCAUCGAGGUGGACCGCUGCGACGAGGUGUACGACAAGGAGUGCAAGGGCGGCCGCUUCAUCCCCUUCCACCGCGCCAGCUACGACCGCAGCACCGGCAUCAGCCCCAACAGCCCCCGCGAGCAGCUCAACCGCGCCACCUCGUGGAUCGACGGCAGCUUCGUGUACUCGACGUCCGAGGCGUGGGCGGCGGCCCUGCGCUCCUACCGCAACGGCUCGUUUAAGACGGAGGCGGGCGGACGGCUGCCCGUGCGCAACACCAUGCGGGUGCCGCUCUUCAACUCGCCGGCGCCCAACCUGCUGCGCACCGGCAACCCCGAGCGCCUCUUCCUGCUCGGCGACCCGCGCACCAACCAGAACCCGGCGCUGCUCUCGUUCGGCAUCCUCUUCCACCGCUGGCACAACGUGCAGGCCGCGCGCGUCCAGCGCCAGCACCCGACCUGGCCCGACGAGGAGGUGUUCGAGCGCGCGCGCCGACUCGUCAUCGCCUCCAUGCAGAACGUGAUCAUGUACGAGUACCUGCCGGCCUUCCUGGGCCAGAGCAUCCCGCCGUACGACGGCUACAAGCCCGACGUGCACCCCGGGGUGAGCCACGCCUUCCAGAGCGCCGCCUUCCGCUUCGGGCACACCCUCAUCCCGCCGGGCAUCUACCGGCGCGACGGCCAGUGCCACUUCCGGCCCACCAACAGCGGCUUCCCCGCGCUGCGGCUCUGCUCCACGUGGUGGGACUCCAACGUGAUCGAAGAUAAAUUCAUAGUUGAUUCGGCUUUCUUGUUACAGGUUCGCUUCGGCCCCGAGGUGGCCAUGCACACCGUGGACCGCAAGGGCGACAAGCUGCGCACCAUCAGCUUCGCCAACGUGGACUCGCUGACCGUAGAGGAGUCGGUGUGCACGGGGCUGGGCAGCGGCUCCAAGCCGCUCGUGCUGGUGCGGGUGCCGCGCGACCACGACCUGGUGCUCGAGUUCGACUCGCUGGCCGCGCGCAGAAAGUUCGUGUCCAAGAUGGAGGCCUUCCUGGCGAUGCAGAAGAAGCACCUCGUCACGGUGCAGGGCACGCGGGAGCAGAUGCUGGCCAACGCCGAGACGCGCGAGCGCCGCCAGAAGCGCCUCGAGCACUUCUUCCGCGAGGCGUACGGCCUCACGUUCGGCAUCAAGCCCGGCGACAAGCGGAAGCGCUUCCAGGAGACGGGCGAGAACGGCGAGGUGGUGACCGUCAUGCGCACGUCGCUGUCCAAGAGCGAGUUCGCCAGCGCGCUCGGCAUGCGGCCGGACGCCGUGUUCGUGAGGAUGAUGUUCAACAUCGUGGACAAGGACGGCGACGGACGCAUCUCCUUCCAGGAGUUCCUGGACACGGUAGUGCUGUUCUCGCGCGGCAAGACGGAGGACAAGCUCCGCAUCGUGUUCGACAUGUGCGACAACGACCGUAACGGCGUCAUCGACAAGGGCGAGCUGUCCGAGAUGCUGCGCUCCCUCGUCGACAUCGCCAGGACCAACAGUCUGUCGGACCAGCAGGUCACCGAACUCAUCGACGGCAUGUUCCAGGACGCCGGGCUGCAGCACAAAGACUACCUCACUUACAACGACUUCAAGCUCAUGAUGAAGGAGUACAAGGGCGACUUCGUCGCCAUCGGUCUCGACUGCAAAGGCGCCAAGCAGAAUUUCCUGGACACGUCCACUAACGUAGCGAGAAUGACGAGCUUCCACAUCGAGCCCAUGCACGACGAGCGGCGGCACUGGUUGCUGCGGAAGUGGGACUGCAUCACCACCUUCCUGGAGGAGAACCGGCAGAACAUCUUCUACCUUCUCCUCUUCUACGUUAUCACCAUCGUGCUCUUCGUUGAACGAUUCAUCCACUACUCUUUCCUGGCCGAGCACACGGAUCUUCGGCACAUCAUGGGCGUCGGCAUCGCCAUCACCAGGGGCUCCGCGGCCUCGCUCUCCUUCUGCUACUCGCUGCUACUGCUCACCAUGUCGCGCAACCUCCUCACCAAGCUCAAGGAGUUCUCCAUCCAGCAGUACAUCCCGCUCGACGCCCACAUCCAGUUCCACAAGAUCGCGGCGUGCACGGCGCUCUUCUUCUCGCUGCUGCACACGGUCGGCCACAUUGUCAACUUCUACCACGUGUCCACGCAGCCCCUCGACCACCUGCACUGCCUCACCAGCGAGGUGCACUUCCCGUCCGACUACAAGCCGGGCAUCACCUUCUGGCUCUUCCAGACCAUCACCGGCCUGACGGGCGUCAUGCUGUUCGUCGUCAUGAUCGUCAUCUUCGUGUUCGCGCACCCCAUCAUACGCAAGAAGGCGUACAAGUUCUUCUGGUCGGCGCACAGCCUGUACGUGCUGCUGUACGUCCUCUGUCUGAUACACGGCUUGGCCAGGCUCACCGGCGUGCCACGCUUCUGGAUCUACUUCAUCGGCCCCGGCAUCGUGUACACUCUGGACAAGGUGGUCAGUCUGCGCACGAAGUACAUGGCACUGGAUGUGAUCGAGACAGAGCUCCUGCCCUCCGACGUGAUCAAGGUCAAGUUCUACCGACCACCCAACUUCAAGUACCUGUCGGGCCAGUGGGUGCGGCUGGCCUGCACCGCCUUCCGCGCCGAGGAGUUCCACUCGUUCACGCUCACCUCCGCACCGCACGAGAACUUCUUGUCCUGCCACAUUAAGGCGCAGGGACCCUGGACCUGGAAACUGAGGAACUACUUUGACCCCUGCAACUUCAACCCAGAGGAGGACCACCCCAAAAUACGCCUAGAGGGCCCCUUCGGCGGCGGCAACCAGGACUGGUACAAGUUCGAGGUGGCGGUCAUGGUUGGAGGAGGCAUAGGCGUCACCCCGUACGCGUCCAUCCUCAACGACCUCGUGUUCGGAACCUCAACCAAUCGUUACUCCGGCGUCGCCUGCAAGAAGGUUUACUUCUUGUGGAUCUGCCCGUCGCACCGCCACUUCGAGUGGUUCAUCGAGGUAUUGCGGGACGUGGAGCGCAAGGACGUAACGAACGUUCUGGAGAUCCACAUCUUCAUCACGCAGUUCUUCCAUAAGUUCGACCUGCGCACUACCAUGCUGUAUAUUUGCGAGAACCACUUCCAGAGGUUGUCGAAGACAAGUAUGUUCACCGGUCUGAAGGCAGUGAACCACUUCGGACGACCUGACAUGUCCUCAUUCCUCAAAUUUGUGCAGAAGAAGCACAGCUAUGUGAGCAAAAUUGGCGUUUUCAGUUGUGGGCCUCGUCCUCUUACGAAGAGCAUAAUGGCAGCAUGCGAAGAGGUCAACAAGGGGCGAAAGUUACCAUACUUUAUCCACCACUUUGAGAACUUUGGUUGAGAUCAAUUCUUACGUAGGUUUAGAUGAAAAUGGCUGUGAAGCUCAAGGGUCCUCCUGGGCUUAGAAAUGCAUGUUAUGCUACUCUCUCUUUUUAUUAAUCAAAGAAAGAUGUGGCUAGGCGAAGUAUGCCAUCAAUAACUAUAUUUGUGGGCUGACUUUAAACGAUUAUCAGACACUUGGAUGAGCAUCAUCUAUCUAGAACUUUUGUCUGUCAGGAAAUUUUCUCCUGCUAAAAUAGAGUCUGCCUUUAUGUGCCAUGAGCUACGCUAGUGUUGCAUCUACCCAAUCAUCUAGAUUGUUUUAAACUAUUUCACCACCUUUCAAAACAAACUUGUCGCUACAGAAAAUCUUGUUUCUUACCCAACUGUUGUUUUAUAUCUGUAGCAUUUAGAAAAUCUGCUAUGUGCUGGCACAUAGACACUUUUCUGAUUAUGGAUUGCUUAAAAUGAAGUUUGCAUCUUAGGCUUCACGACUUGCUGGAUAAAUUAAAAUGUAUUUAUUCUGUUCAAAAAUUUUUAAAAAAAAGAA